UGCCAUUGCGCCCUUCAAUGCAUUCCCAUUCCCAACCCCGUCCGUCUGCUUCACCUCUCCCUCGUUCAUUCAUCUGCAUCUGAUCUCACGGGCUCAGCGGAAAAUGAUCGCAGGCCAGCUCUUCCUCACCCUCAUGCUGGCUGUGGCCAGUGUCAGCGCCAACAGCGUGUCCGAUCUCGUAGGGACAUGGACCACCAAGUCCCGCAAGGUUGUGACAGGUCCGGGAUUCUACGACCCCAUCCAUGAUAGAUUCCUAGAACCGAAUCUCACGGGCAUCUCGUACUCCUUCACGGCCGAUGGACACUAUGAGGAGGCGUACUACCGCGCUAUUGCCAAUCCCCAGGAUCCCUCCUGUCCGAAGGGUAUCAUGCAAUGGCAGCAUGGGACGUAUACGACAUCCAGUGAUGGGGCUAUGGAAUUGACCCCCAUUGCUGUCGAUGGUCGCCAGCUGUUAUCAGAUCCCUGUUCGUCUCCUGUGGGGGCUUAUACGCGCUACAACCAGACGGAGCACUUCAAGGCUUUCAAGGUCUCGGUGGAUGCAUACCAUGGUGUCCAGCGUCUAGACCUGAACUCCUUCGACGGAUCCCCCAUGCAUCCCAUGUACCUGGUAUACCGACCGCCGCAGAUGCUGCCCACCGAGACGCUGAACCCCAUCACCCCUGGCAAGGGGAAGCGCCACGCCAAGAGAGCGACGGAGGCGACGUUCAGUAUGAAGAACCUUGUCAGCAGAGAGACGGUCGGCGACCCUGAUCGCUGGCUCUGGGUCGGCGUGUUCAUGACCGCCGUCGGAGGCAUCACCUUGUUCCGGUCGUAGAUGGUUACAAGUCUGGACGUUACAGCGACGGCGCGAUAUGAGCAUGAGCGAUGGCUUGGUACAUGUGCGGGUAUGGAGUUUGGGACGGCAACAAGGACAAUGGGAAACUGGGACGGAUAAAUACGGGACGGUAAUACUACCUAGCAACAGUAAUGGGUAAGGCGCUUGGGAUUUCUUUCUUUGUUGGGAUACUACUACCUGGGGUCGUGCGUGACGAGGAAACUUGCCUCGCGCGUGAGGACCCGUGUAACUUGUUUGCGAGAUGCCACAUUGAGCCUCUAUAUUUUAAGUCAUCG